CGUUAUUUUUACUAAAAGUUAUAAGUUCGACGUUGGCAGCUUUUUCGGCCAGUACGGAUCUGGAGAGCCUAAACAGUUCGGGUUCUAUCAAAGACUUACUCAUCAUAGCCGGGGCUUAUUAUAAAUGUUAUUUAUUUACGAAUGUCUUAUAGUUGUUGGGGAUUGAGCCGGUUGUUUAGAGCUUUUUGGUGCUGUGUUAGUUGUUUUUAUUUUUUUUUUUAAAUUUUGCUCAACCGUUGGGUUUUGUGAAGAAGAGCGACAUGAUGCAGUAUGAUGCUAAAUUCAUUUUCACAUUGAUGCUGGUCAUCUUUGCAGUCAUAGUCGAUACCGCACCCAGACCUGGUCAGGAGUGGGAUAGAUUCAACAACCCAUGCAUAUACGAUGAUUUGAAGGUGGAGACCUGCCAGCGCUGUGCAAAGCAAACCAAAUCCCCAAUAGUAUACCCCAUGUGCUGCAACGAGGAGGAUAACGUGUACGAGUGGUGCGAGAAGUACAUACACUUUGGAAGGAAACCGUAGCCGAAUACAUUAUAGAAUAAACAACAAUAGCCCAAGUGUAUAAUCAACAGUGUGAUAUAUUAUAUAUGUAACUAGACUUGGUAAUUAGUUUAUUAAUAUUUUUUUAUGACAAAUGUGAUGUUAGUUUUGUACAUGGAUAUGUUAUUUUACUUUAUUUAUAUGGUACGGGUCAAUUUAUUUCUUGCAUGUAGAAAGUCAUAGGUACAACUUUAAGUUGAAGGAAGAACGACAAUGUUUCGCCAUUUGGGCCAUACUAGAAAAUAUGCGCACGCAAGACCUGAGUUGACCAGACCUGUAUACAGGUUCGCACAUUCCAAUUAAUUGUUAUCAGGGGGGGGGGGGAGUUGCGUAGUGACCAUAGAAUGUGUAUAAUGUGGCUGUGAAAAUGAUUAGUUUUUGUUUUGUAAUUUUAAAAACGAGUAUGAAUGCCAUGACAAUGCAACUAAGUAAGAAUGCUAUUUCAUUUAGGAUUAAGUGUUUUUAUUUAUUUUUAUACCACUUUUUUUUUAUAAAGUAUCUAUAAUGAUUAUAAUAUGAAGCACA